UGCCAUUUUCUCCCUCCACUUCCUGCGAACCAAACGAGUCCUAGGUUCUGGACCCGAAACCAACAAGGGUUCAGGUUUCGGUCUCUGUUCCCGUUGCCUGAAUCUCUGCGAUGGCGGCCGCCACCGCCGCGGCGCUGUCGAAGCAAUGGCCGCCACCGACGCCGUCGGCACAGCCGCCACUUUACUCUUUCGGCGUGCCGUGGCCCGAGUUCAACGACGGCUUGUCCUACACCGACAUCGUCCAAUCCCCAAGUUUUGCUCUCACCCUAAUCGAUUUCUACUCCUCGAAGUACAAGAACUCGGCGCCGUUGCAAGGUUGGCUUCACAGAAUCAAGAAUGGCCAGAUUACCGUCGACGGAGAAGUGAUAACCGAUCCUUCCAUGGUUCUUAGAGAUGGUUCUAAAGUGGUUUAUCAUCGUCUGCCUUGGAAGGAGCCAUCUGCACCAUACGUGCUUGAAGUUCUUUAUGAAGAUGAUGAUAUG